GUCAUGUCGUUUGUAAAGCGGUUGGCGCCUCUUGUUCGCGGUGGAGGCCGGCUCUUCCAAGGCCGAGGCCAGCGGGCGGCGGGGGACUGGGGCGUCCGUCACGCCGGUGGCAACGUCCACAUCGAGCCCCGCUACCGACAGUUCCCCCAGCUGACCAGGUCCCAGGUGAUCCUGGCCGAGUUCUUAAGCGGGACCAUGUGGUUUUGGAUUCUCUGGCGCUUCUGGCACGAGUCGGACGCUGUGCUGGGUCACUUCCCAUACCCUGAUCCCUCCAAGUGGACGGAUGAAGAACUGGGCAUCCCUCCCGACGAGGAAGACUGA